CGCGGGUGGAAGAUGAGCUUCCAGAACGGCUCGGAUGGUCGAACACGCACAAUUUCUCCGGACGCUAGCACGCUUGUUCGUAUAGCAGAGCUCAAACCUGGAUUGAAGAUCCCGCUUCAGAGCUCGAUCAAAGCGGUAGUCAGCCUGAUUUGGCCUUAUUCGUCCUCCUCGCGAACAAUUUCCGUGCUUCUUGCUGAGCCAGACUUUCGUCUGCGGCGGGAUGGAGGUCAAAUUCGUGUACAGUUUUCAGAGCCCUGCGCGCGCGCAGUGGCUGGAUCUGGGAUUGAAACCGGCGACGAGGUAAUUCUAAGCCUUGUUGGAGCAGAAUGGACGAAUGUAGCAGACGGCAUUACCCUCCCAGGCAAAAGUGUCGAAGGAGAGCUGAGGUUUAACAAUGAUCUACUUUUAGGAGUACAUCGUGAUGAUAAAAAGAUUGCGUCUCUCGAGAUACAUCAGCCACCAAUUGAUUCCUCAUCUCCGCCACAAUCGCCUUCAGUUCGGAUUCCUGAGACCCCACAUACACCUGGUCCCACCAGAGUAUUGUCAGGAAGACCGCCUAGUCCGUCCAACACCUGGUCCUCACCAGCUUUUCUCAAGCGCAGCCGCACUUCCUACGAAGCUUCGCCAGAUCCAAUUGCAAAACUCUUCCUCGAAGAUGAAGACUACGUUAAUGUACGGAGCGCGAAGAGGGCAAGAUUCUUGCGAGGCAGCGGUCAAUGGCGGCUGAGUUCAAAUAGUCCACGGCCUGCUGAGCCACCGGAGGCUACGCAAAUGAGCAGGGAAAACACUGAACUCGAAGAUGGAAUGUUGUUCCCAGCCAGUGAGCCACGAGGCCUAGAAGUUGAUUCUCUUUCAGUCGCAGUUCCGGAAGCCCAGGCGGUGGAGGGACUACUUCAAACGGAGGAGCAAAAGAGGCUAGAAAGCUCCGAUUUGGCGGGAGAUAAAUCUAGAGCGCCGUCAAUUUCUGCAGCUCAGACAACUGCAAAAAGUGAUGUGUUGCCUACCUUUGCCCCUCAGAUUGCGAUAACGGAUCGGAAAAGUCCGCAGCCACAAGUUCCAGAUUCAUCACACGUGAACGAAGGUUUCGACAUGGUGGGAUUAGAAAAGCAUCAGGCAGUUCAGCUUUCAGAUCACAGCAAACCACCCCAUCGAGGCGGUCAACCGUCGCAAUCUACGAAUGAACAUUUGACUGCUAGAAACGACGCCGCUGCAAGAGACAACAAAAGCUUGCAAGCAAGUCCCCCCGACGCUCAAUUUAUUGGUGAGCCUAGGAAUAUUGAAGUGUCUGCAUCCAUAAUGUCAAACAUUACCGAACCACAAGAUCAGCAAGCAGAUGUUCAAGCUGAAAGUAAUGGUGUGCAACCCCAACCAAUUGGGUCCGGCUUAAAGCAGAGCGACUCUUUCACAGCAGACUUGCCUCAAAGCAUGCCAAGCAUGCAAACACUGUCAGCCCACAAUACGCAACUAGAAGAGGUAAACCACUACGAAUCAUUAAGGGACAAGCCGCGAUCCUCCUCUCAAGAAGAGCAUGAUGAUCGUUUUCACGAAGCCAUAAAAGAAGCAUCUGGACCAGUGCAACAAGAUUCUAUCGCCAAAAGCAAAGCAGUUGAGAUGGCUGGAGAAAUAUCAGACCAUAGAAACGAAGAUUCACUGCAUCUGCAAAGCCCAGUGAGGGCUGAAUUCGGCCUUAAUCAAGUCGAGACACGGGUUCAACAAAAGGACAUUUCGAGCGCACCAUAUGCUCCCGAGGCAAUUAAUGAAGCACCCGAUUCAGCACGACCUGAAUCGAUGGCUAUGUCCGUUUCAAAAGACUCAGGAAAUGGUCAAAGAUUCAAGGAGCACGUCGAAGCCCCUGAGUCUGCACAGGUUUCUCCACCAGCCAGUCAGAAGCCCUCCCAAGAGCAUAUUGAUCCGGCUUUGAACGAUGCUUUCCUUCAUCCUCCCGCAAUUCCAUUACGUCCAUCGAACGACAGCCAAGAACAAAAUUUGGAUGCGAGCCAGCUGGCGACUCCACCGGCCACCCAAAAAUCUCAAAAAGAGGCCGACCAAGCGUCUUCAUUAGUCGUCCAGGAUAGAUCAUUAUCUCAGCGAGACCAAAGCUCAGGAAGCGAUUUUACACAGCCAAAUCACUUAUUAUCCCCAGCUAGCCCAGUCUCCAUAUCACGGCAGCCUGAGGAUUCUGCAAAAGACUUGGAAGUUGCAACCGGUGGGAUGCUUGAAGAGAUGAAACCUUUGUCUCCUUUGAGGGAAACUUCUGCAGAAGCUCCUACCGGUGAGACCACCAGAAGCAUGGCUCUGGAGAAAGACAAAGUCCAGCACACUGCAGAAGCAUCCGCUGAAAUGGACGUUGAACAUAAAGGACAGGCUCUGGAGGUUGCGUCAGUUAAUGACAAGUCAAGCCGCCAGAUUUUGCCACAAGAAGCUACGCGUGCCCUGCCAACUAUGGCAGACAGUGUCGCCGAACCAAGCGGCUUUCGUACUCAGUACUCGUACUUUGCGCCUCUAUCGACCAUAGGCUCUCAAUUUGGCUGUGAACUAGACGUCAUUGCUAUAGUGACUUCGAUUACUACUAUCAAACGUGCAAAAUCGGGCCAGAAAGACUUUCAUCUAUUUCUGCGUCUUAGUGAUCCAUCAUUUUUCCCAAGCAGUAUCGCGGUGCAGCUUUUUCGGCCGUUUAAAGCAGCUUUGCCUUUAGCUGCUUUAGGAGACGCUGUCUUACUACGCAAUGUCAAAGUUCAAAGCCAGAACAGGAAGCCGGUGCUUGUCUCCGGCCCGACUAGCGCUUGGGUCGUAUUCAAGGAUGAGACUGGUGAAGCCAAUGGUCCUCCGGUCGAAUACGGUUCACAAGAAGAAGAUUUUGCCAAAGGCCUAGAGAAAUGGUGGAAUGACCUUGCAAAACAUAUCAAACAACUGAUGACAGCAAAUCGCUCUGACUGAGCUCUGAAUUUUAUGGGCGAUACGGUCGACACUACCUAACACAAUCAAUGGCUCCAUUUAAAUUAUUUGCAAUUUAUCCCUGAUCAUGGCAUCUCAGCAAAAUAAAAAGUUCCUGCCCAUGGAGAAACCAGGCGUUGACUAGAUAUAUGUUAUUUUUUUCUUGGCUCGGUUGGGUUUCAAAUGCACAUUUCUCUCUUGCUCAAGGUCAUUGCUACACUGCGAUGCCGGGUUCAAAUUUAUCGAUCGUGCUUUCCUCAUUAGCUCCAGGAUGGAACUGUCUGAGAAGUUGACACGUUGUCUUGGCUGAUACGCGCAACGAUAAGCCGCAACACUGAGCUAGACUCAUUUGAAGAAGAAAUAAAAAUUAUCGUGAACUAGAUGAAUCUGGGUAUCAGUCUGCUGCUUUUGUUAAGAAGAGACGAACAAUGCGUGC